AUGGACCAGCGGACCAGCGGACCAGAGGACCAGCGGACCAGAGGACCAGCGGACCAGCGGACCAGAGGACCAGAGGACCAGCGGACCAGAGGACCAGCGGACCAGAGGACCAGCGGACCAGAGGACCAGCGGACCAGAGGACCAGCGGACCAGAGGACCAGCGGACCAGAGGACCAGCGUACCAGAGGACCAGAGGACCAGCGGACCAGAGGACCAGCGGACCAGAGGACCAGCGGACCAGCGGACCAGAGGACCAGCGGACCAGCGGACCAGAAGACCAGCGGACCAGCGGACCAGAGGACCAGCGGACCAGAGACCACAUCACCAACAUCUUCAACAAUCACACAACUGUCAAAUGUACUUGAGAGCCUUCAGGAGCCUCGACAACCAGGCCUCCUCAACACCGUAUAUACGGUGUAG